AUGGCAGAAGAGGCUGCAGCGGGGGGCUGGAGCACUAUUGAGUCUGAUGAGGGUGUCUUCACAUCGCUCAUCGAGCAACUCGGCGUCAAAGGCGUACAAUUCGAAGAGAUCAUAUCACUGGAUGCCGAUUCGAUUAAGGCUCUGAGUCCGGUAUACGGCGUGAUAUUCCUCUUCAAAUGGAUCGGAUCUAGUUCGACGGACGGGCGAAGUCCGCAAGACGGGAGCUACGAUGCUUCAGCUGUGGAGGAUCACGGAUUAUUCUUUGCGAAUCAGACAAUACAAAAUGCAUGCGGGACCCAGGCAAUCCUGUCAGUCAUACUCAACAACGACGAGAAGAGCGCCAGCGGACAUCACGAGCGGAUCGAAAUCGGGCCGUCUUUGAGCGAGUUCAAGGACUUCACGAAUGGCUUUCCCUCAGACUUACGAGGCGAAGCCUUGUCGAAUUCAGAUCUGAUCAGAGAUACACACAAUACUUUUGCACGCUCUAGCCCUUUCGCCGAUGAAACACAGCGGGAUGCAGGGGCGCCGACUGAGGAUGUCUUCCAUUUCAUCGGCUACACCUCACACCAUGGGAAACUUUAUGAGCUUGACGGUCUGCAACCGCAACCUAUCAGCCACGGAGAUUGUACCUCGGACGAACUACCAGAGAAAAUCAUCCCAGUACUGCAGAGGCGGAUUGAGCGCUAUCCACCAGGGGAAGUGCGGUUCAAUCUUAUGGCCGUGUGUGGAGAUCUGCGAGAACGCGCGAAGGAAUAUCAGGACUACGAUGGGCUGGCUAAGGAGCAGCUGAAACGUGCGAAGUGGGACUGGGAGAAUGCUUUGCGAAGACACAACUUCGUGGGCUUCACGGGGGAGGUGCUGAAGGGUGUCGUCGGCACGAAGUUGAAGGCUGGCACGUAUGACGACUGGGUCAAGGAGGCCGAGGCGGCGACUGCGAGAAAGCUGCGCGAGCGUAGGGCGCGCGGCCAGGAAGAAACAGCUUGA